GUACCUGAAAUAAGUGUUGGUCUUCGUCAACGCCGCAAACUUGCCCAACAAUAUUUGGUACCAAUCCUACUAAAACCACCCUUUGCUCGGAAGACGACCAACAACCGGGAGAGUUUGGAAGUUCGAAGCAGUCAAACCAGCAACCACAAUCACUCAAUUCCCGACCUCAAAACCGACAAUAAGUCACCAUGAUAUCCAGACGCCCCUUGCGUGUAGGCAAUGUCUCUGGGGCGACUGGCGACAUGCCAACCGCAAUGGCCCGCAUGGUUGCCGAGCCCAACAUCGACAUCAUCACCGGCGACUGGCUAUCCGAGAUGAACAUCGCCUGGAACGCCAUCACCAAAUCCUCCAACCCAGACCUGGGUUACGAAGAAGGCUUCUUCACCCAGCUGUCCGAAAACCUCGACACCAUCAUACAAAAGGGCAUGAAAGUCAUCACCAACGCCGGCGCGCUCAACACGGCCUCCCUCACUGCUAAAGUCCGCGACCUAUGCGCGUCUCGAGGGUACCACAACACCAUUGUCGCCGCCGUCCUGGGUGACGACAUUUCCCAUCUCCUGCGCGAUCCAGCCCGGCGCCAAUCACUGAACCUCUCCUUCCCACAUCUGGACCACACCGACCGCAGUCUAGGCGAUUGGGACCUCACACCCUUCUGCGGCAACGCGUACAUUGGCUGUCGGGGCAUUGUCGAGGCCCUCAACGCCGGUGCCCAAAUCGUCAUCUGCGGCCGCGUGACCGAUGCCUCGCCCGUCAUGGGCGCCGCUGCAUGGCACUUCGGCUGGCCACUUGACUCACCCAGUCAUUUUGACCAUCUCGCCGGCUCUCUUUUGGCAGGCCACCUUAUCGAAUGCGGCGCAUACAUCGUCGGCGCCAAUUUCUCCGGGUUCAAAGACUUUCUGCCGGAAUUGGUCGACGUUGCAUUCCCCAUUGCUGAAAUCGACGCCGAAGGACGGUGCGUGAUCACCAAGACCACGACCGGUGGCGGGCAUGUUACGCCCGAGACCGUCAAAGCACAAACUCUUUAUGAAUUGCAAGGUCAUCUGUAUCUGAACCCAGAUGUUGUCGCAGACCUAUCACAAAUUCGCAUCGAGGCCGAACCAGGCACAGUUGACCGCGUCCGGGUAUCCGGUGUGAAGGGUCUCCCACCUCCACCAAGCACGAAAGCCAUGUUCGCCGCGCCAGGCGGGUUCCAAGCCGAAGCGACCUUUUUCAUCAAUGGGCUCGAUGUCGAUGCCAAAGCAACUAUGAUGCGAAACCAACUCAAGCACAUUUUCCGAAACCACAAAUUCACCAAGCUUAGCAUCGAGCAGUACGGCAGUGAAGUCGAGAAUCCAGAUUCACAGCAAGCCGGGACUGUCCAACUUCGAGUGUUCGCGCAAGCACGGCGGAAAGAGGACAUUGACGCCAAACAUUUUAAGAUUCCUAUUUAUGCAUUAAGAAUGCAGAGUUAUCCAGGGUACCACAUGAACUUGGACUUCCGCACGAUGGAUCCGAAGCCGUUCAUGGAGAUCUUUCCCGCGACGAUCCCGCUGUCUGCGAUUGAACUCAGCGUCGACGUGGGCAAUGGAAAGGUCAUGGAUAUACCUUCACCCACACGGACGGCGGAGUACCCUGCACAACGGCCCAGCUAUGAGACAAGUGACCCAGUCGAUCUUGCGAGUCUGGGCGCAACGACAACAGCGCCGCUGGGAAGUGUUGUGCAUGCGCGCUCAGGGGAUAAGGCCGAUAAUUCGAAUAUUGGGUUCUUUGUACGGCAUGAGGAUGAGUAUCCGUGGCUGAAAACGCUCUUGUCUGUCGAGAAAUUGAAGAGCUUGUUUGGGCGGGAUUGGUUGAAGGCUGAUCCCGAUCGAAGGGUCGAGAGGGUCGAGUUUCCAAAUAUUCUGGCCGUGCACUUUCGUGUGCUUGAUAAUCUCUCGGGAGGGAUUGCUUCGUCGGACAGAAUAGACGGCCUGGGUAAGGGUAUUGGUGAGUAUUUGAGGAGCAGACAUGUCGAGAUUCCGACGAGAUUCUUGGAGCGUGGGUGGAUUUAGCCGUGUUCGGGAUGAGAUGCAGCAACAGGAGGGUGGCGUCGCAGUGUAGUAGAUGCGACUUGAAGUCUGUGCAUGACGAGAGGUAUUUCUGCCGGGACCUUGAGUACAGUUUGUCGUUCUCAAUAUUUCUGCGAAUGGCUGCUUGGGACGGGAAACGGUGCACGCCUGCGUGCGCUGGAGCCUAAUCGGGUAAGUUGACCACAGCGCCAACAACGUAAUAAAGAAGGAGAAUGACAAUGUCUGUGGGCUUGAG